CAAGCCCUUCGCAGGCCGGCGCUAGGAGAGAAGGGCCGUGCCGACCACCCAUUAAAAGGGGCCGGGGAGGGGAGCGGGCGCUAACAGUUGGCGGAAUGCCGGGCCCAAAUCUUAGUAACCCGCGUGACUUCAGAAAAUGCUAAAAGAGCGAGGAGGGGGAAGUGGUCAGGCGACCGCACAUUGCUGGAAGGCGAUUAGAGCCGAGGCUUCGGGGAUCCAGCUCUGGAAAAGAGAGGCCCGCGAGGCCGCCGAUCGGCUCCUGCCCGCCAGAGCGGGCCUUCGAGCCUCCAUCUUUCAGGGAGGUCCACAAGAACGGCCGGGAGGCCGGUUGGGCCCCGCCUCUGCCCCCAGAGCAAGACGGCCCUCCACCCCGAGGGAGGGUCUGGGAGCAACACAGCUCCGCCCCGGCUGCUAUAAGGCGCUGGAAGCCGGCGGACGCCCCGUCUAGCUGGCGGAACGAAGGAUGGCGGCGGAUCGGGUGGGGAGGCGCUUGGGGCGUGCGUCGCCGGCCCGCUCUACCGGUCUCUCUCCCGGAGGCAGCCGCGCGGAAAGGACAGCCAGCCCGGGCAUCCAGAGGCGCCAAGCGCGGGUCACGGUUAAGUAUGACCGACGGGAACUGCAGCGUCGCCUUGACACAGAAAAGUGGAUCGACGGCCGGCUGGAGGACUUGUACCGAGGACGGGAAGAUGAGAUGCCAGAUGAAGUCAAUAUCGAUGAUCUCCUAGAGAUGGACACAGAUGAGGAGAGGGCCAAGAAAUUACAGGGCACCUUGGAGUCAUGCCACAACAACACGGAGGACUUCACCAGAGAGCUGCUGGAGAAGCUGAGAGGCCUCCGGACAGAACAUGUUCUCCGCCGGACAAGUCCCAGCAGCCAGAGGAACAUGGACCAGGGUCCCAAAGUCCCACAGUGACCAUGACGCUGGAGAGCUGCAGAGAGGGCUGAACUGUGGAAGAACUUGCUGCCACCUCCCUGACUCCACUAGGAUGGGCUGGCUCCAUGGCUUCAGCCACCUUCACCCUGCUGGGAAGGUCUCCUGGGCCCUUUUGAACCUUUCUCUCUGAUGGAGGAGGAUGGGCUCUGCUGGGCCACCUCCCCAUAAUAAAGUGCUCUGCCCCCCAGAAGCUCAA